UGAGGACAAAAAAAACACACACACUCAAAUAGUCAGUAAGAUUUAUUUGCCUGAAGUUGAAGCACAGGGCAUCAGUUCGAAAACUGUUCCAACAAAUUGCCAACAAAAUUUCGAUUUGCUAGUACGAAAGUAAAAAGUGAACCCACAGUGCUUCCAUCAUGAACUCGCUGCGUUGCGCUGGCUUGCGUGUGUCUGGAGCAGCUGCAGCUGCUGCCUGCCGUCCAAGUGCAGGCCGGAUGACGAUGUUGCCGGCUGUGAUGCGCCGGCUCACCCAUCAUGAUGGAACCCGUUGUAUGAGCGGCGAACGCGAAUACGUUGGCUAUGGCGUCAAUGGCAAUCCCAUUUAUAUUGAUUGCGCCGAUUUCCCGUUUCCGGCCAUACGGUAUCGCGAGGUGACGCCGGAGAUAUGUGCGCUGCGCGAAAAGGAGCUGAGCGACUGGAAGAAGCUGUCGUUGCAGGAGAAGAAGGCAUUAUAUCGCCAUAGCUUCUGUCAGACCUAUUCGGAAUUUCAACAUUUUACUCCCGAAUGGAAGCUAGUUGUUGGCAUCGGUCUAUGGUCAAUUGCCCUUAGCAUUCUGCUGACCCUUGCGGUGAACCUUAUCUACGAUGAACUCCCAGAAACCUUUGAUGAGGAGCGCCGUCAGGCGCAACUGCGUCGCAUAAUUGGCUUGCAAAUGCAGCCAAUAACGGGCCUGUCCUCCAAGUGGGACUACAGCCAGAACAAAUGGAAGUAGUGUUAUGUUUGCCCCAAUUGUUCGCCAUACAUUUGAAUGAAAUGCUGCUGCACAGUAACAUUACCUACCUUACACCCAGCCACCCACACCCACCCACAACCACCCACACCCACCCACAUUAAUAACAUGUUGAGCUUCGUACAAAAAUUGUCAAUCGUUUUUUAAGCUUGCAUUAAAUUUCAUGCCAUAUUCAUGACGAACAUUACA